GACCAGCUGCCCCUGUAAGUACAGUUUUUUGGAUAACAACAAGAAGUUGACACCUCAACGCGAUGUCCCCGCUUAUCCCAAGUACCUGCUCUCGCCAGAGACCAUAGAGGGCCUGCGCAAACCAACCUUCGACGUCUGGCUCUGGGAGCCCAACGAGAUGCUGAGCUGCUUGGAGCACAUGUACCACGACCUCUGCCUGGUCAGAGACUUCAGCAUCAACCCCAUCACGCUCAAGAGGUGGCUGGUAAGUGGCAGCCCCUGCAGUCCCUCUUGAACACAGUUUCAUCCAG